UUGGUUCACGACGACCGUCCGAUGGUGGCAGGGGGGGCAUUCCUUGCUCAAGUGGACCAACCGGGAUGCAACCGGAUGCCCCCAGCACAGUGCUUCCUGCUCCAGGACUCGCAAUGACCCGAGCGGUGACUUGUCAUGCACAUUGGCCAGGAUUCAUCCAGCCAUACAUGUUAAGGCUCGGCCGAUAUUUUGGGCCGCCGAGGCACACCGCCCCAGUCGCGUCCAGACGAGGCUCCGAGCAGUGUUUGGCAAGGCUGGUGGCUUCUCACAGGGGCUGGCUGACGCUAAUGCACUUUCGAAGACGGCUGCUGUGAGGAGCCAGCUCCACUGGCUCGGCAUAUAAACUACUUCACCCCAUUCACAUCUGGGGACAGCCAUCACGUUCAACACAUCUGAACGACCGCCACGCAGUGUGCACGAUGGUGUCAGCUAUUCUUCCGGCCCGAGUAGCGACAGCGACUGACCCCAUAGCAUCGCCGCCAAACACCGCGGACCACCAAGAUGGGGGCGUGCCUGGCACUGUUCCUAGACUCGCCUCGCACCACAAUACCGCCAGCACCAUUGAUGGGGCGACUCUCUUCGCCCCUCUCGACCAACUCUUGUUGCGCGCCCGCAAAGUCAUAAAAAAAAGCACGGAAAAGCUUGCGGCGCUUGAAGAGAUCGUCAAGCAGAUACGCGAACAGAAGCAGGCGGGCGACACGAAGGCACGAUCUCCCCAACCUCAAGGCCAAGAUUCCGACACAAACAUCACGUCUAACAUCCAGACGGCAACAUCGAACGAGGUCUCGGCCCGCCGAGCGUUGCCUUCUCGUCGCGUCCCUCGUCGCGUCCCACCUGCAUCUGACCCUCUCUUGUCUCCCAACCUGCCGCAAUCUGCUGCGGCAGCAUCCGACAAAGCGAUCGCUCCGAUCAACGAUGCUACUAAGACACAACCAGCGGCGGUAGUGGCGACCGUCGAGGAGGAUCAGCAAGCCGGCGACAGCGACGGAGGAGCGGCGGAUACUCUUCAGCAGCGUCUUAGCUGUGGCCAAGCGCCUUCGUCCAGUGCACCAACGCCUGACGACGGAUCCGCCAGCAGCAGUGAGGAUGGUUCCACGCCUGCGACAAGCCCUGACAGUGGCUGUGCCAGCAACAACACGACCACAGAAGGCACCGAGGACGAGAGCAUGACGGACAACACCACCCAUGCAAGCAGCAACCUGCAUAAACAACGCGAUGGGGUCGGCAUGUCCACCAACGUUGAAGCACAAGUCUCCACAAACGCGGUAGCGACCACUGGCGACGAGGCAAUCGAGCCCGCCAGGACCGCUGACGACACUCCGACGACUCCCGAUCCUCUCAGCAGCGGCUCAGAUCUCAAUCGGCCAGGCGACAAAGACCUUUCGAGCGGCGACGCAGACGAACACCGUGGCAGAGCUCAUGAGCCUAGCGAUGAGCAAUCCAAUCCAGGCGCGGCCAGUAGUGGCGAUGCCACCAUCAUCAUGUCCAGUAGCAAUGGCAAUCAUUCCGCCGCUGCAGCAACAGGGCUCCCUGGAUUACGGCCGUCAAAGAGAAAGCCCGCGGACCCGGCAGGGGACAGUCCGGCGAAGAAACCUAAGGGCGGUGACUCGGGCAACGGAAGCAAACGCAAGAAAAAGAAGCCAAAGGCCAAACCCAAGAUUCUCGACCACACACCGGAGACAAUGGCCAAGCUUGCUAAAGCAAAGCCACCCAAACCUGUGCCGCAAAUUUGCGACGAGACCACUGAGGAGCAGCACUUGUCUGAGGAAGAGGUCAAUGAGAUGUGUGGCGAAGCGAGUCGAAAGCUGGAAGCAGAUAUGCUUGGGCACUGGCUGCCACAUUCAUCACUCGGCGAUCCUGUAGAGCACUGGACGGAGACAAUGUGUGGGUUCUGGGCGGGCCGAGCUUAUCUGAUGUUCAUUGUUGCUACCGAAAGUAUUACGCAGGCGACAUACACUCGUGAUCAGCUCGAAGUCACACUCAGGAACAUCGCUUAUUGGAUCGGAGUGCUAUGCGCUCUGAUCCCCAACAAAGGACGUCUCCAGGCACAGGCAAUACGGGAUCGCUGGCUCGACAAGGCCAGACUUGAUACGGCUGUGCCACAAGAGGGGGGAGCAGACAUGUCGCACAGGCUGGAGGACGACGAUGCACGCCCGGCUACCAAGAAACAUGAUCCUAUGCUCGACCCGGUAGCUGAACUAGCUUCACAGGUGAAGCUCACGCUGGAAUUCCUGGAAUCCACUGAACAGGAUGCAUCUAUCAUUGGACUCAAAACCCUCAUUGCCUCUAUCAGUCUGUGCGGAGAUUUCAAGUCCAUCGAAAACAGGUUAAGGGAUGAUGACGAGUACAAGAACGUAUGCUUGAAGGAAGCGGGAUACCGGCGCGGCGAAACGGUCACAAAUGGGAACUUGGCGCUUAAGAUUUUGAAGCGCAUAGAGAUCACGACAGUUCAUACCCCAGAACCUCGCGAUGGUUUCAAGGGACGGAGGCAUGGAAGUGCUGGUUACAGAGACGACAGGCGGGUCGAGGACGCUCUUGGCCGUGGCGCCGUGGCUCUUGCACUAUCGUCCAAACUGGGGUGCUGGGUGACCCUUCACAUCCCUUUCUACGAGAAGUUUCCACACAGCUCUAAAGCACGGCUUCCCCCGGCAAUAGAGACAUUCAGGACAAAAGUCUCGAAGAAAGCCUCGAAGAAAGCAUCGAAGAAAGGCUCGAAGAAAGCCUCGGAGAAAGCCUCGGAGAAGAAAUUACAGGAAGACAAGGGCAUUGCCAUCCUCUUGUACCUCAUUGCUGAGUUCGAGAUCGACUACGCAUAUUUUUUCCAGGCAAUAGACGGGGACUGGGCUCAGGAGCAGUGGGAAGAUGUGUACAACGAAGUCAAGGCUGACUUCGAGAGUAAUGCCGCGAUCGCACGGCUGUAAUCUGUGUUCUCAAUGUUAUUUACAUGGCUCAACUCGUUAGCAACAUCGUCUCGUGUGACGUUCCUACUCAUCGUAUCCCCAAUGAGGAAGGAAUGACCUCGGGCAUCAUUCCUUCCUCAUUUGGCUUAGGCCACACUUGAGCA